CUUUCCUUCACAACGACGUGAAAAGAAAUACACGCAAAGAUUCAGCAACUUAUAAAAGAUUAAAAGAGUAUGGAAGAAACAAACGACAUCAUGACCAUAUUUAUUCCAAGGAUGUACGGAAUAUGUUAUGUUUUUUAUGGAAUCGUAUUUGACGACGAUUUUUUCCACCAAUGUGAAAGGAUGGUCAGACAAAUGGAAAAGAAGAUUAAACUACACAGACAAAUUUACAAGCAACUGCAAAAGCAACAAAAGGUAUGCUGGCUUGCCAACAGCAAAGUUACAAAGUACCAACAUUGCUUAGAUACUUCAAAGAAGAUUUAUCAUCAUGUAGCAGAAACUUUAAAUAAACGUGAAAUGCGCUCAAAACAAACAGCAAUAUCUAAGGUUCAGAGCCAUCUUCAGGAAAAAUUGAAGCAAGCAAAAAGGGCAGAACAAAAGUACCAAACUAUUCUGGCAAAUGAAUCGAAAACAAGAUCAUCCAUCAAAGAGAUUGAACAGGACAUAUUCAGAGUGAUUGAGCUUCAGAUAAACGACUGGAAACCCACAUCACCAUCAGUUAAUACAAAGAUACAUACAACUAUCUCAGUACAAACUGUUGUGGAAAAAAUGAGCAGCAGAUACCUGGUUACUCUUCCUCAGGUGUUUAACGAGAAGAAAGGAUUCCAUGCAAAGUUACCAGAUGUUCUACUUGUUAAAAGAGAAUUCCACAGCUAAAAACUGUGAUAUCUGAACAUAGAGCAUAAUGUGCAAUACUCCAUCUUUGUGUUUGACUUUAUUUUUGUA